CUGAAAGAGCGCCCCCUCUGAGACAUCCGUUUGCAGGAGCUUCGAUCAGCUCCGCGUACAUCCGUUUCUUUCAUUCCUUUCCGGUUUAUCAAAAUGGGUAUCGAUAUAAACCACAAACACGAUAGGAAGGUUCGGCGUACAGAACCCAAAUCGCAAGAUGUCUACUUGCGACUUCUCGUCAAACUUUACCGCUUCCUCGCUAGACGUACGAAUUCCAAGUUCAAUGAGAUCAUUCUCAAGAGGCUUUUUAUGAGCAAGAUACAUCAGCCACCAAUAUCUCUUGCACGUGUGGUCAGGUUUAUGAAGAAACCUGGUCGGGAAAAUGCCAUUGCGGUAAUCGUUGGCACAGUAACAGAUGAUGCUAGGAUUUUUGAAAUUCCUAAAUUGACAGUCUGUGCUUUACGCGUUACUGAGAAAGCUAGAGCACGUAUAUUAAAGGCUGGAGGUGAAUUGAUCACUUUUGAUCAAUUGGCAUUACGUGCACCUACAGGAAGGCGGACAGUUUUGAUGCAGGGUCGCCGCAAUGCCCGUGAGGCAGUGAAACACUUCGGACCUGCACCCGGUGUACCACAUUCUCACACCAAACCACUGGUUCGGUCUAAAGGUCGCAAGUUUGAGCGAGCAAGGGGACGUAGGCGUAGCUGUGGUUAUAAGAAAUAAAUUUUGUUUAUUCGCCAUAAUUUAUUAAACCAUCGCCUUAAAUUGA